GAUCUACAUGGUGGACCGGGUGCCCUUCCGGCGCGAUUUCGCCUUGCGCUUUGGCGCCACGGCAACGUUCUCCUUUGAAGACGCGGUCGCGGGGGUCAAGGAGUGCACCGAGGGCCGCGGUUGCUCGCUGGUCUUCGACACCGCGGGCGACAGCGCCAGUCUGGAGGCCUGCCUGCAGACCGCGGCGGUGGGGGCGCGCCUGGCGCUGGUCGCCAUUCCCGAGGCCGACCACCUGGCGUACAACCCCCACCAGGCCCGCACCAAGGAGGUGCGCGUGGUCAACGUGCACCGCUCCAACGUGCUGCUGAGCGAGUCGGUGGCGCUGUUCGCCGACGCCGCGGCCGCCGCGCAGCUCGAGCGCCUCGUGACCCACAGGAUGCCGCUGGAGUCUGUGCAGAAGGCGUUCGAGAUGGCGGCCGGGUACUCCGAAGGCGUUCUGAAGAUCAUGCUGCAGCCAGGGAGGUGCCGCUAUCGCGCCCGCCGCGUGGGCGUCAUCGGCGGCGAGGGCAUGCACGCCUGCCCGGAGUACCUCGGCCGACUGGUGCGCGACUGCGGCGUCGAGGUCUGCUUCGCCGCGUCCCUGGGCCGCGAGGGCGCCUCGCGCGGGGCCUAAGACGGUGCGCGCCCCGAUCGUGGCGUCGGAUGUGGGGCCGCGGGGCCUACACGUGGCCUUGGGGCCCCGGCUUCUCUCCUCG